AUGUCCAACAAUCCUAAAUAUUCGAAGCCAGAUGAAGAUGCUAAAAGAGUAUCAUCAACAUCUUCAGCAACCACAUCAAUAAUAGUGGGAUCAGACGAAUCAGCACCAUCUACCAGCUAUUCUAGUCGACAAUACGACAAUAAGCCAAAAAGUCAACAAAUCAAAAUCAAAAUUGAUGUCUAUCGAAGUCCAUCAUCACGUCGUUCAUCGCGUAAGAAGAAUAAAUCACCCAUCGCAGAUGUACCGCUACAGCCGUUGGCGGCGGCCAUCGCCAGAGCUAUCAAAAGUAGCGAAACAUUCGGAUCAAUGGAUCCUAAAUGGGAUAUGAGGCCACAACAAAACAAGCUCGAACCGAAGCCGAAACCGCAAUCGAGGAUUGAACCUAAUCCCGGACCGAAGCUACAAUCAAAGAUUCUGCCCAAAUCGGAACUGAAACCGGAACCAAAGACGAUGUUGAUUCCAAAACAACACAAGUCACCACCGCCAUAUCCAAUGCCGCCAACACCACCUCCAUCACCAGAACCACAACCACCCCCGGAACCAGCCCCAGCAGGAAAGCAGCAGCCCAAACCGAAAUCGCCGCAAAAGCAACAACAGCAAUCUCAACCGCAAUCGAUGUGCAAAAAUUGUCGCAAUGUUUUAACCGCUCAAGAUCGUCAAUCUGGACCGGCAUCAAUGGUCAAAAGUAAUCAGGAUCCUAUCCUAGAAUUUUUCCAGUUCCCAACAACUAGUCGUCGUCGUCGUGGUCGAGGUGGUCGUCGUGGUCGUGGUCGUCGAAAUUUUCGCGGCCGUCGCAGUUUUCGUGGCCGCAGUUUUCGUGGCCGCAGCAUUCGUGGCCGCAGUUUUCGUGGCCGCAGUUUUCGUGGUCGCAGUAUUCGUGGUCGCAGUAUUCGAGGUCGCGGUUUUCGUGGACGCAGCAUUCGUGGUCGCGGUUUUCGUGGCCGCAGCAUUCGUGGUCGUCGAGGCUUUCGUGGUGGUGGAAGAGGAGGGUAUCGAUCGAGAUUUUCCUCAGUCAGUUCAUAUCGAAUUAGCCAACAAAGACCAAGUCUUGUUAGUAACAGUUCUCGACGACGAUCAAUAAGGGGACGAGGACGAGGACGUGGACGAACACGGUCAUCAAGUUGGACACAAGCAUAUCGAAAUGUGCGUGAAAAGCAAAGUUUAGCAUUGUGA